AUGAACUCGACAACUGGACAAGUACAAUCAUCAUGCAGAAACCACAAGGAGGAUUUUGGGGAGCCAAUUGCUGUCAUUGGUAUGGCAAUGAGGCUACCAGGUGGUAUUAGAUGUGGAGAUGAAUUUUGGGAAAUGCUCGUGAAGAAACGAGAUGGCUUUUGCGAAGCGCCUCCCUCACGCUGCUCCAGAGAGGCGUCUAGCAGUCCCGAUUGUGGAGAUCUGAGCGAAACGAAAAAGGGGUUCUUUUUGCAAGAAGAUCCAGCUUAUUUUGACGCGUCUUUCUUUUCUGUUCCUCCCCACGAGGCGGCACGCCUGGACCCCCAGCAACGGCUCUUGCUAGAGGUGGUUUGGGAGUGCCUGGAGAACUCGGGGGAGACCAAGUGGCGCGGUGAGAAAAUCGGUUGCUUUGUUGGUGUUUUUGGCGAAGAUUGGCUAGAAAUGUCGAAUAAAGAUCCUCAGUAUCUGAAUCAGAUAUAUCCUAUCGCCACCGGUGGUUUCGCGUUAGCAAACCAAGUGUCGUAUCGGUUUGAUCUGCUGGGCCCAAGCAUGACUAUCCAAACGGCUUGCUCUUCAUCCCUGGUCUGCCUUCAUGAGGCCUGUCAAGCACUUCGAUCUGGAGAGUGCUCAACAGCUCUAGUGGGCGGGACAAGUCUUAUAUGGAGUCCAACCAUGACAGAUGCCAUGACCAAAAACAUGGUUUUGUCACCGAGUGGUAUUUCUCAUACCUUCGAUGCUGAGGCAGAUGGUUAUGGUCGUGGUGAAGGGAUCAAUUGCAUAUAUCUCAAACCAUUACGGGACGCACUUCGUGACAACGAUGCGGUCCGCGCUAUCAUCCGCUCCACAGUAACCAACCACGACGGCAAGACCCCUAACUUUUCUCAACCAUGUCCUAUAUCUCAAGAGAGAUUGAUUCGGCACGCGUAUAAGAUUGCAGGAAUUGAUGCUAUCCACGAAACGCCUGUUUUUGAAUGCCAUGGGACUGGAACAGCUGUCGGCGAUGUCAUCGAGGCAUCAGUUGUUGCAAAGAUGACCCAAGGAGAAGAAACAUAUAUUAGUGCUGUCAAACCAAAUGUUGGUCAUUCUGAGGGUGCCUCGGGUAUCACAAGCAUCAUUAAAUCUAUUUUGUCACUUGAACAUAAGACCAUCGCACCCAAUAUCCAUUUCAAAACACCGAAUCCCCAAAUCCCAUUCACCGAGGCAAAUCUUCACGUCCCCUUAGAACCAACUCCGUGGCCUGCUGGGAGGCCCGAAAGGAUCAGCGUGAAUUCCUUCGGUAUUGGGGGAUCCAAUGCCCACGCUAUUCUGGAGUCCCCCUCUACAAUAUCUCCAAAGUCUCAAAUCACAUCGCUUGGAGGCUCUAGCUCACAGCUCUUGGUCCUGUCUGCGCACACUGCAGACACUCUUCGCAAUCGCAUUGGCCAGAUCACUGACUAUGUAAAGAAUCACCCAGACCGCCUGUAUGAUCUUUCUUAUACUUUGGCUUCGCGAAGAUCGCAUCUUUCUCACCGGACCUUUGCCGUGGUGCAGCCGAGUAAUCCCAUUCUAGACGAUGCGGCGUUUUCCAUAUUCAAUACCAGCUCCUCAAAUGUCACCUUCGUGUUCACAGGCCAGGGAGCUCAAUGGCCUGGAAUGGGGCUAAGGCUUUUGUCCAGCUUUCCAACAUUCAAGCAGGAUGUCAAAAAGAUGGAUGAAGCACUUCAGCAGCUACCUAAUGGCCCGAAUUGGUUAUUAUAUGAUGAACUAAGACAAGAGAGUUCAACUGCUCGGGUCCACGAAGCCGAGUUCUCUCAGCCUCUCUGUGUUGCGCUUCAAAUUGGCCUGGUAAAUAUUCUCAAUGGUUGGGGAAUUGAGCCUUCCACAGUUGUCGGACAUUCGAGCGGAGAGAUUGUGGCUGCGUAUGCUGCCCGAGCUAUUUCGAUGAGGACUGCUAUCGUUCUAGCAUACUACCGAGGCAAGGUCGCACAACCGCUAGAAGGCUUAGGCGCCAUGGUAGCCGUCGGACUUGCUCCGGACGAGGUGACACAGUACUUAACACCCGGAGUGGUUGUUGCUUGCCACAAUAGUCCGCAUAGUCUCACCCUAUCAGGAGAUAAUGACUCGGUUGACCGUGCGAUCAAAAGCAUCAAGGCAGCAAAUUCAGAUACACUGUGCCGCCGGCUCACAGUGAAAAUUGCUUAUCAUUCUAACCACAUGAAAAAGAUUGGCUCUCAAUAUGAAGAUUUUAUCUCCAGCCAUAUCGAACACGAGCCAGGAAUGAUACCUUUCUAUUCCAGUGUGACUGGCGACACAAUCACUGACGCUCGCAAACUAGAUGCAUCAUACUGGCGACAGAAUCUGGAAUCACCGGUACUUUUCACAGAGGCUAUCCAAAGUCUACCUACUAGUGGAACCCCGGUCUUUGUAGAACUUGGGCCACACUCAGCCCUUGCCGCCCCUUUGCGACAAAUCUUCCGGAUUUUGACGGCGAGAUCACCGGUCUAUAUUCCCACCUUAUUUAGGUAUGAUGAAGAUGUCCAAGGCCAGCUCCUACGAACGGCAGGACAGGCCUAUGCAAGUGGCAUUGGAGUCAAUCUGCGAAGCAUAAUGGAGCCGGGCAACACGCUGGUAGACCUUCCACCUUAUCCUUGGCAACAUGAUCGCUCCUACUGGAGUGAGAGUCGACUGAGUAGGGAUUGGAGACAGCGCAAAUUUCCGCACCAUGAAAUUCUUGGUUUGCAGGUCGUCGAUACGACUGACCAUGAGCCUUCUUGGCGCAAUCUAGUGACAUUGGACAAUGUGCCAUGGCUUAUGGAUCAUGUUAUCCAAGGCACUGUCACAUUCCCUGGUGCUGGAUUUGUCGCUAUGGCAGGUGAGGCAGUCCAGCAGCUGUAUCCCGACAGGGAUAGUUAUUCAGUGCGUAAUACCACAUUUAUAACACCACUGCUGUUCCACGAGGGAGAUCAGAUCGAGCUGGUGACUAGCCUCAGUCCGAUCGAAGUGGCUGACAGGGUCCCAUCUGGCUGGUAUGGUUUCAAAAUCAUGGCCCAUGACGGAGAACGAUGGACCAUGCAUUGUCAAGGUCAAGUAAGGGCAGGGGCCGACCAUCCCCCAGAGCCAUUCCCGAUCUCUUCCUAUAAGCGAGCUGUGCCAUCUGAGGGUUUGUACCGUGUGCUCCAAAGGAGUGGAAUAGAUUACGGCCCUCAAUUCCAGGGCCUAGAGCAGAUCACAGCAGAUCCCACCGGACCAAGGGCAACUGCCACUGUUCUGGGCAACCGCAGGCUGCCUGGGAGCAGGUAUUCGCUGCAUCCUACGGCAAUUGAUCAAUGCCUCCAACUUAUGGGCGUGGCCUGUUCUAAGGGCUUGCUACGGCAUCUCACAACUAUUUAUGUUCCAGCUAUUAUAAAUUCUCUGUUUGUCGGACCAGGAGGUCCACCUAUGCCAGCAAGCGCCCGAACCAAGGGUGGUACAAGGGAUGGACAACUAGGCGAUGCUAUUGCCAUGCUAGGUGAUCGAGUGGUCCUCUCUAUUCAAGGAGCUUACCUUUUCGCCUUGGAAAAGGAUCACAUAGAUUCUGGAACUGGGCUCGCAGGCUCAGUAAGCCAUCUUGAGUGGAAAUCUGACAUUGAUUUCUUCCCCUCGACAGCACUUCUGUCUACACCACAUGAUUAUACAUUACAGGCCAUGAAUAUCAGAGCCUUGGGUCAGCUAUCUGCGCUUUUUGUUCUGGAGACGGCGGAACAAAUUAGAGAUGUCCAACCAGCAUCAUCACAUUUCACAAAAUGGAAGAAGUUCAUCCUGGACGCAGCUUUCAAUACUAAAACAAGUGGAGAACAAUCUAUCUACCCAGAGUCAGAUCAAUGGGCAUUAGUAAGUUCUGCAGACAGACAGGAAAUGAUACAGAAGGUGUCGAGGGAGAUCAAAUUUACGUUUGAUGCUCCACUUGCGGAGUGCAUGCAGGUCAUUUUCGAUAACUGCAAAGCAUUCACAUCUGGAGAAAGUAGCUCAUUGGAGGUCCUCAUGAAGGACAACCUCCUGCAUCGCUUCCAUGCUGCGCACACACAGUAUGCUGACUGGAACCCGCUCCUCCCGUUACUCUGCCAUUCCACUCCUGGUCUACGGGUCCUUGAGAUUGGUGCAGGUACCGGCUCUGCAACCGCAAUGGCUCUAGAACUUCUCAAAUCCACGAGUGGGGAGCGCAUGUAUGGACAGUACGUUUUUACCGACAUCUCCUCGGGCUUUAUGUCCGCGGCAACGGAGAGAUUCAGUUAUGAGGAGUGCAUGGAAUACAAAGUUCUUGAUAUCAGCCUAGAUCCCCUUGAACAGGGGUUUGAUGCCCAUAGCUUUGACUUGAUCAUUGCGUCCAAUGUUCUCCAUGCUACCCCUAGCAUUCACACAGCACUCUGUCAUGUGCAUCGUCUUUUAAAGCCCACCGGACGCUUCUUACUCCAUGAGAUUAGCCCAGAGAUUUUACUUGCAAAUUUCACCAUGGCAGGUUCCUUUGGUAUAUUUCCCGGUUGGUGGCUGGGUGAGGAUGACAGUCGAGCAGAGCAACCGUACAUCUCACCCAAGAGAUGGGAUCAGGAGCUAGGAGCUGCAGGUUUCACUGGAGCAGAUGUCACGGCUUAUGAUCAAAAGCCGCCAUAUCAUAUAUCCGCUAGCAUGUUGUCACGACCGGUGGACGCGAUUUCCAUACCUACUGAUAUCUGGCUGCUCACAGGCAAUUCUACCCUGUGUCAGUGGGCGAGUGAUAUUGAGUCGCUAUUUCGUGACGAAGGCUACAGCACUACUAGGACUACCUUGCACCAAGCGCCCCCCAAGGGCAAAUUCAUCGUAUCUCUGCUGGAUCUGGAAGGAGCCCCAAUAGGUUCCCUUCCAAAGAACGACUACGAGAUAUUCCAACGCUACAUAGAGCAAGCGCAAGAAUCCCAAAUCCUCUGGGUCACACAGUCAACCUCCCAUACCUGCUCGGAUCCAAUGUUUGGCUUUGUUCAUGGGCUCGCUCGCACUUUACGGGCAGAGCUGUUGCUUGAUCUCUCAAUUCUAGAGGUUCCCACAUGGGACGCGGCGGCCGCAAAGGCCGUGGUCCAGGUGUGCGAGAAGAUACAAAGAUCCCGCGCGCACUCCCUUCCCGAUCCAGAGUAUGAAUUCGCAUUUCAUGAAGAGAAGAUCAAAGUCGGCCGAUACCACUGGACACCUCUCAUUGAGCAACUCGCAAGCCCACCUCGAUCAGACGCGUCCCGAAAGCUAACUCUGACGGCAUACGGACUUUUGGAUACGUUACACUGGGCCGAGAAAGAGCCAUGCUAUGAAUUAGAUAAGGGGCAGGUUGAAGUUGAGAUGGACUACGUAGGACUGAACUUCAAAGAUAUGAUGGUUGCAAUGGGCUUUUUCGGAAAUAAAGAAGAUCUCGGCCUCGAAGGCAGCGGUAUUGUGCUCCAAGUUGGAGCCGAGGUGACGGAUAUUACAGUGGGGGACCGUGUGGUCUUGAUGCAUUCUGGGGUUCUGGCCUCAAACGUUAUAGUGCCUCGAGAAGCUUGUAUCAAGCUACCGCAGGGGUUAUCAAUGGCGGAUGCUGCCACGAUGUUGACAGGCUAUGUCACUGUUCUCUAUUCGCUUCUUGAGAUUGGUGCUUUGAAGAAGGGCCAGGCAAGUCACUAUUGUUCCGUCCUGAUUCACUCGGCGUGUGGCGGAGUCGGACUAGCGGCUCUCCAAGUAUGCCAGGCUGUUGGUACUGAGAUCUACACCACCGUCGGCAACGAUAAAAAGGUAGCAUAUUUGAUGGAGGAUUUCGGUUUACCUCGAGACCGGAUCUUCAACUCUCGCAACACCUCCUUCCAACCGGACUUGAUGCGUGCCACCGGUGGACGGGGAGUUGAUCUAGUGCUCAACUCAUUGUCAGGUAACUUAUUACACGCUUCAUGGGAAUGCGUUGCGAAGUUCGGUCGGAUGGUUGAACUGGGAAAACGCGACUUCAUAAGUCAUGGAAUGCUUAAUAUGAGCCUUUUCGAAGCCAACCGAUCAUUUUUCGGCGUUGACCUUGCACAAGUUUGCAAGGAAACUCCGGAUAUUCUCAAAAGUACCCUAGCAACAUUUUCAGACUGGUAUCGUCAAGGAAAAAUCGGACCUAUCAAACCUGUCAAAAUUUUUGACGCGGUUGAUAUUGUCAGUGCAUUCAGAUAUAUGCAGGCCGGCACCCACCUAGGUAAGAUUCUGGUGCGUAUGCCAUCCGCCGUAGACACUUUGCCUCCUCCAGUUGUGAAAAAAUUCCCGUCAUUCCGAUCCGACGCCGCUUAUCUGCUCAUUGGCGGGCUCGGGGGUAUUGGGCGAUCCGUGUCAACAUGGAUGGUCGAACAAAAUGCGCGAGAACUUGUAUUCCUCUCACGGUCAGCUGGCAAAUCUGAGGAGGAUCAAUCAUUUAUUCACGAACUUGAAGCGCAAGGUUGCCAAGUUAUUUGCGUGGCAGGUAAUGUAACCAACCUCACGGAUGUAAAGGAGGCUGUUGCCGCAUGCACGCGGCCUCUUGCUGGUGUCCUCCAGAUGGCAGUCGACUUGAAAGAUCGACUCUUCCUACAGAUGAGCCACGAGGAGUGGGAGGCUGCACUGGCGCCGAAAGUCACUGGAACCUGGAACCUGCACCAUGCCACAUUGCAACACUCACUGGAUUUCUUCGUCGUGUUUGGCUCAAUUGCCGGAAUAUGUGGUAACACUGGCCAGGCCAAUUAUGCAGCGGCAACUACAUUUUUGGAAGCAUUCACCCGCUAUCGACGGCAGCAGGGACUUUCUUCCUCUAUCUUGCACCUCGGUGUGGUUGGAGAUGCGGGUGCUGCAAGUCGCAACUCCCGAUUCCUUCAAAGAGUACAAUCAAUUGCGCUACAUGUGCUCCAUGAAACUGAAGUGAUUGACGGACUCGCUGCAGCGAUCAAUAUUUCCCCGGUUGGUGGUUCUAACGCGAGCGGCGCAAUAGCAAUGGGACUCGCGCACACGAGGCGGCGCGCCGACCUCCCAAAGGAAAUCUUCCUCGGUGGACGCGACGCUCGAUUUUCGAUCUAUCCCAACCUUGAGUCUACGAGCGCUAGCCCUGGCGGGGAUCAAUCCUCUCAUGCAAAUGCAUUAAAGGCCCUCCUUGCUCAGAUACAAGCAGAUCCUUCAUUGACGGGCAAAAAGGAGACUGAGAUAGCCUUGAUGAAGGAACUGGGCAAAUUUAUCAGCCAUAAUCUUACAGGGCAGACACAAGAUGAAGGGCCAGAUUCUGCGGAUGACACUGAGACAAUGGCCGCCAUAGCAGUUGAUUCCCUCAUGGCCAUAGAGGUUAGGAAUUGGCUACGGAGGUCUCUGGGCCUGGAGAUUCCAACGGUGGAAAUCAACCGAGCAGGUACAUUAGGUGGCUUGGUGAAGGUCGUCUUAAAGGGACUUGGGGAGAAAUAUGAUCAACAAGCUACCUAA